AUGGAUUUCAAACACUUAAGAACUAUUGAUUGCAAACAAGGAGCUGUAAGAAAGGUUCGAUUUAACGUGGAUGGAGUGUAUUGCAUUUCUUCAGGAUCAGACAGAACAGUAAAAUUAUGGAAUCCGCAUAAGAAUUUAUUUCUUAAAACUUAUUCAGGCCACGGAAAUGAAGUUUUGGAUGCUUGUGGCUCUGCUGACAGCAGUUAUAUAUUAUCAGGAGGAGCUGAUAAGAGUGUCAUUCAUUGGGAGGUAGAAACUGGAAAGCCAUUACGGAGAUUAAGAGUCCAUGUGAGCAAUGUAACUUGUGUUAAAUACAAUGAAGAAUCUACCUUAGCCUUUUCUGGGUCUCGUGACAAUACAGUAAUGAUAUGGGACCUGAAAUCUUUUAAUUUUCAGCCAAUACAGGUACUGAAAGAUGCCAAAGAUAGUAUAACAUCCAUUCAAAUAACUGAAAGUGAAAUUAUAACUGGGUCUUUAGACUGCAAAGUAAGGAGAUAUGACAUCAGAUCUGGUUGUUUAACAACUGAUUACAUUGGAGAACCAGUAAUAUCUGUCAACAUUACCCAAGAUGGCCAGUGCUAUGUAGUUGGUUCAGCGAACAAGAUUUGGCUUUUUGACAAGAGUACCGGUGAACUCCUUAAUGAAUACACUGGACAUGAGACAGGAGAUUAUCAGGUGGAAUGUGGCGUUGACCGCAAGGAUCGUCAUGUGAUAAGUGGAGCUGUAGACGGCAAUAUUUACUGUUGGGACCUGAUUGGUGGCAGCAUAGUGUCUAAGCUUAAUCAUAAAAAAGCUACUACUGUGCAUUCCUUUGAUUCUCAUCCUACAAGUGACUUCCUCGUGACUGCUAUUAAAGAGAAUAUUUGGUUAUGGGGAGAGGAAGAAAUGGAAGAUGAACCAGAAGAAGAAGAAGAUAACUAA